AUGGCAGCGCCCGGUGGCCGGGUGGAGCCGCCGCUGCCCGAGUUCGGCUGCAGCUACGUGGUGUCGCGGCCGGUGUACAGCGAGCUCGCCUUCCAGCAGCAGCACGAGCCGCGCCUGCACGAGCGCCGGACGCUGCGCGAGAGCCUGGCCCAGCGCUGCAGUGUCCGUCUUUUUCCCCUCCGUCCCUGGGCGUGCGACCAGGGAGUGCGACCUUCCCGGGAAAGCCGGGGAAAGAAGGUGCACGGUGGAAAAGAGAUUUGUUCAAGAAAGAGAGCCAUUGGUGUGCUGAAGACCUUCCUGCCCAUCUUGGACUGGCUCCCCAAAUACCGAGUCAAGGAAUGGUUGCUUAGUGAUAUUAUUUCGGGAAUUAGUACCGGGCUAGUGGGUACACUGCAAGGCAUGGCGUAUGCUCUUCUUGCUGCAGUGCCCGUGCAAUAUGGUCUCUACUCUGCCUUUUUUCCUAUCCUGACAUACUUUAUCUUUGGAACAUCAAGGCACAUCUCAGUUGGGCCUUUCCCAGUGGUCAGUUUGAUGGUGGGAUCUGUUGCUCUGAGCAUGGCUCCCGAUGAAGACUUUCUCAUAUCUAGUGUUAAUGGAACUGCAUUAAAUACGACAGUCAUCGAUACUGUGGCUAGAGAUUUAGCAAGAGUGGUGAUCGCAAGCACCCUUACUCUUUUGGUUGGAAUUAUACAGCUUAUAUUUGGAUGUUUGCAGAUUGGAUUCAUAGUGAGGUACCUGGCAGAUCCAUUGGUUGGUGGCUUUACAACAGCAGCUGCCUUCCAAGUGCUGGUUUCACAGUUAAAGAUCAUCCUCAAUGUUUCGACCAAAAACUACAAUGGCGUUCUCUCCAUUAUCUAUACUCUGAUCGAAAUUUUUAACAAUAUUUCUGAGACUAAUCUUGCUGAUUUCACUGCUGGAUUACUCACCAUUAUCAUCUGUAUGGCAGUUAAGGAAAUAAACGAUCGAUUUAAACAUAAAAUUCCAGUUCCUAUUCCUAUAGAAGUAAUUGUGACAAUAAUUGCUACUGCCAUUUCAUAUGGAGUCAACCUGGAAAAAAAAUACAAUGCUGGCAUUGUUAAAUCCAUCCCAAGUGGGUUUCGUCCUCCUUUCGUUCCACCUGUGAGCUCAUUUUCUAAGAUGUUGACUGCAUCAUUUUCCAUUGCUGUAGUAGCUUAUGCUAUUGCAGUGUCCGUAGGAAAAGUAUAUGCCAUCAAAUAUGAUUAUGCCAUUGACGGAAACCAGGAAUUCAUUGCCUUUGGAAUCAGCAACAUCUUCUCGGGAUUCUUCUCUUGUUUUGUGGCUACUACUGCUCUGUCCCGCACUGCUGUCCAGGAGAGCACAGGGGGAAAGACCCAGAUUGCUGGCAUUAUCUCUGCUGGGAUUGUGAUGAUUGCCAUUGUUGCCCUGGGGAAGUUGCUGGAACCCUUGCAAAAGUCUGUCCUGGCAGCUGUGGUAAUUGCCAACCUGAAAGGGAUGUUUAUGCAGGUGUGUGACAUUCCUCACCUCUGGAGGCAGAAUAAGAUUGAUGCUGUUAUCUGGGUGUUUACCUGCUUAGCAUCCAUCAUUCUGGGGCUGGACCUUGGUUUGCUGGCUGGUCUUUUAUUUGGAUUGCUGACUGUCGUCCUCAGAGUUCAGUUUCCCUCAUGGAAUGGCCUUGGAAGCAUCCCAAGCACAGAUAUCUACAAAAGUACCAAAAAUUACAAAAAUAUUGAAGAACCUGAGGGAGUCAAGAUUCUUAGAUUUUCUGGUCCUAUUUUUUAUGGCAACGUUGAUGGUUUAAAAAAGUGUAUUAAGUCUACAGUUGGAUUUGAUGCCAUUAGAGUAUACAAUAAGAGACUGAAAGCACUGAGGAAAAUACAGAAGCUCAUCAAAAAAGGGAAAUUAAGAGCAACUAAGAAUGGCAUUAUUAGUGACACUGGCACUGGCACACCCAACAAUGCUUUUGAGCCUGAUGAAGAUAUUGAAGAUCCAGAAGAACUUGAUAUCCCAACCAAGCAAAUAGAAAUUCAAGUAGAUUGGAACUCUGAACUUCCAGUCAAAGUGAACGUUCCUAAAGUGCCCAUCCACAGCCUUGUGAUUGAUUGUGGAGCUGUAUCUUUCUUAGAUAUUGUUGGAGUCAGAUCAUUGCAAAUGAUUGUCAAAGAAUUCCAAAGAAUUGAUGUAGAUGUAUACUUUGCAUCACUUCAAGAGCAUGUGAUAGAAAAACUGGAGAAAUGUGGCUUUUUUAAUGACAACAUUAGAAAGGACAUAUUUUUCCUUACCGUCCAUGAUGCUGUCCUCCAUCUACAGAACAAAGCAAAAACUCAAGACAUUCAGGAUUCCAUUUUAGACACGAUCACCCUCAUUCAGGACUGUAAAGAUCCUCUUGAGUUAAUGGAAGCAGAGCUGAUGGAAGAAGAACUUGAUGUACAGGAUGAGGCUAUGCGUAGACUUGCGUCCUGAAAGUUGACAAGUGAACUCAGGAAGUUCCUCAAAGAAAGGACUGCAA